CACGGUGAGAGUGAAUAUAAUCGAAUUGGUAGACUUGGCGGUGAUAGUCCAUUGAGCGCUAAUGGCAUCGAAUAUGCUAAAAAAUUGCGCGAAUAUUUCAAGGCUGAAAAAAUACCGGGUGAUCUUAGAAUUUGGAGUUCACAAAAAAUUCGUGCUGCCCAAACAGCUCAACAAUUAAGCGAUUUAGCAGUUCAUAUUGAAUUUCUCAAAGUACUGGAUGAAAUUGAUGCGGGUAUUUGUGAAGGUUUGACAUACACCGAUUUCGAAGAACGAUAUCCAAAACAAUUUGCUGAUCGUGAUAAAGAUAAAUAUCACUAUCGUUAUCCAUCAGGUGAAAGUUAUGAAGAUUUAGUUGGAAGAUUAGAACCAGUAAUUAUGGAAUUGGAACGACAAAGUAACGUACUUGUUGUAUCACAUCAGGCUAUUUUACGCUGUAUUUUGGCUUAUUUCGAUAAUAAAAAUUAUUCGGAACUACCAUAUCUGAAUGUUCCAUUGCAUACUGUUAUCAAAUUAACACCAAAAGCUUAUAGUUGUCAGGUAGAAAUGUUUAAAUUUAUAAUCGAUGCAGUGAAUACAUAUCGAACGAAGAAAGGUCAUCAAGAGCCCGUUUGGGAAAAGUCAAAUGAGGCAACACUUUGUCAUUCACCGUGGUAA